GGAAUUCUCCAUGUCAUAACCAACCAGUGUUUUGUCCGUCUAUACAGUAUCCUAAGCCAAAAUGUCUUUUAAGCUGCCUUCAGGCAAACCCACAUCUCCUUUCAGGAAAAGAGGCAGCCUGCAGUACACAGCCAGCAGAGACAAUGAAAUUGAAUGGCGACUGAGGCUGAUAGUCCCAAACAUUCUGCCAAACAUCUCCUGUUGAGUUGCACAGAAGAACAAAAGUCAAAUGGGUUUAGAAUGGCAUGAGGUGGACCUCCUCAUAUUCCAGCAUUCCUUGCCUGGUAACCCUGUAACAAAGCACGGCCACGUCGACCUGCGCACAUCCAUGGAUGGCAAAUACAAAGAGAUUGCGGAGGAGCUGUUCUCCCGCAGCCUGGCAGAGAGUGAUAUGCGCAGUGCUCCAUAUGAGUUCCCUGAGGAGAGUCCCAUUGAGCAGCUGGAGGAGAGGCGACACAGACUGGAGCGGCAGAUCAGCCAGGACAUCAAGUUUGAGCCUGAUAUCCUACUGCGAGCCAAACAGGACUUCAUGAAAACAGACAGUGCAACAGAUCUAGAGUAUUUGAAAGAACAGAGCCAGGUGCCCAAAGAACUGUAUCCUGAGAGAGAGCUCCUCCCAGACAGAGAGUAUCAGAGAGUCACCAUUUCUGGAGAGGAGAAAUGUGGGGUUCCAUUCACUGACCUACUGGAUGCUGCUAAAUGUGUAGUGAAAGCACUGUUCAUCAGAGAGAAGUACAUGUCUCUGUCCAUGCAGAGCUUCUGCAGGACCACAGCACGUUAUCUGCAGGAGCUGGGGGACAGGACUCUGGACCUCAACACUUAUGAGGAGGUGCCUGAGUCCACCGGAUCUGCAGAAGCAACAGUACACCCACCUGUGUCAGAAACCCACCCUUACGAGGGGCAAGACCCUGUCAACAUGCCCCCAGGCCUUGGAUACACCUGCAAGAUGGUGGAUGGUGUUGUUCAUGUGUACACACAUAACUCCUCAGAGCUGGACCUGCCAUAUCCUGAUCUGCAGGAAUACAUCACUGAUAUGAACAUGAUGAUGGCACUUAUUAUUAACGGGCCAGUGAAAUCUUUCUGCUAUCGUCGUCUGCAGUACCUAAGCUCUAAGUUUCAGAUGCACAUUCUCUUAAAUGAGAUGAAAGAGUUGGCUGCACAGAAAAAGGUCCCUCACCGUGAUUUCUACAACAUUCGGAAGGUGGACACACAUAUUCAUGCCUCCUCCUGUAUGAAUCAGAAGCACCUGUUGCGUUUCAUUAAAAGGGCCAUAAAGAAAUAUCCAGGUGAAAUCGUCCAUGUAGAAAAAGGACGGGGACAGACCCUAACAGAGGUGUUCGAGAGCAUGAACCUAACAGCCUUUGACCUCAGCGUCGACACACUGGAUAUGCAUGCGGACCGUAACACAUUCCACCGCUUUGAUAAAUUCAACUCCAAAUACAACCCCAUUGGAGAGUCCAUCCUCCGAGAAAUCUUUAUCAAGACUGACAACCAUAUUGAAGGGAAAUACUUUGGACACAUAGUCAAGGAGGUAAUGGCGGACCUGGAGGAGAGUAAAUAUCAGAAUGUUGAGUUGCGUCUGUCUAUCUACGGCCGCUCUAGGGAUGAAUGGGACAAACUGGCUGAGUGGGCCAUCAAACACAAAGUCUAUUCAGACAACGUCCGCUGGCUUGUGCAGGUGCCACGGCUUUUUGAUGUUUACCACACCAAAAAACAGCUCUCUAAUUACCAAGAGAUGCUAGAGAAUAUUUUUAUGCCUCUGUUUGAGGUCACUGUUCUGCCCAGCAGUCACCCAGAGCUGCAUCUCUUCCUGCAACAUGUUGUCGGGUUUGAUAGUGUGGAUGAUGAGUCUAAACCUGAGCAUCACAUCUUUAACCUGGACAGUCCAAAACCUGUACACUGGACAGAGGAAUACAAUCCUCCUUACUCCUAUUACCUGUACUACAUGUAUGCAAAUAUGACUGUACUCAACCACCUGCGCAGGCAAAGAAACUUUAAUACGUUUGUGUUACGGCCACACUGUGGAGAGGCUGGGCCUAUCCACCACCUGGUGUCUGGUUUUAUGCUGUCUGAGAAUAUUUCCCAUGGUCUACUUCUGAGAAAGGCUCCUGUCCUGCAGUACCUGUAUUAUCUGGCUCAGAUCGGCAUCGCCAUGUCCCCUCUCAGCAACAACAGCCUCUUCCUCAGUUACCAUCGAAAUCCACUACCCGAGUACCUGUCAAGAGGCCUCAUUGUGUCUUUAUCCACCGAUGAUCCACUGCAGUUCCACUUCACGAAGGAGCCGCUAAUGGAAGAGUACAGCAUUGCCGCUCAGGUGUGGAAGCUCAGCUCAUGUGACAUGUGUGAGCUGGCCCGAAACAGCGUGCUCAUGAGUGGAUUUUCUCACAAGGUUAAAAGCUACUGGCUGGGUCCACAUUAUCUGAAAGAGGACCAAGAGGGCAACGACAUCAGACGCACCAACGUUCCGGACAUCCGUGUGGCUUACCGUUCUGAGACGCUGUGUGAAGAGCUGAAUCUGAUCACCCAGGCUGUGCGGACAGAGGAGCUGGAGAUCAGUGAAGAGCAGGACGCUCUGUCCAUGGGUGCAGGGCAGGCCAGACGUUAAGGGUGUCGGACACUUUCAAUUAUUCAACCAGUACAGAGUUUGAUUGAAUGCUGAAUCAGGGAAAUGUUAAACGGUUUGAUUCCGCAAGUGUUCAACUAAAUACCCAGUUGAGUGCUGAGAAAUUGUAUUUGAUGUUAUUGAGAAAUUUCAUAGAAAUGUACUAUAGAUAUUUUGGGAGUGAAGCCCAGGUUAAAAGUUCUGAUUGAUGUAAAGCAUUCCAAUCCAGUUGUCUUCGAUAUUAGCGAAAUCCUCAUCAAAGAUUUGCAGAGUACCAACUGAAAUCUGGGAACAAGAAGAACCCACAGUCAAGCUUUAGAACACCUGAAAAAUCUCAUCCUCUAUUAAUGUGGACCUUACACUGUCCAUAAACUGCAGUCCUUUCUAACCUUCUAAUCAGUAAAAUGGUUAACUCAGUAAUUGAUAAUGAACAUUUGGUGUAGCUUGUACACAUGUUAUGAACACUAACAGCCGUAAACAUUAGUUCCUUGGCUAUUAUGUGUGAGCUCAAAUACCCAAUCACUUCUCUGCCAUGAGCCAGUAUUUCCUUGCAUAAUUUUAAAUGAACUUUUAAGUUUCAUAUUCUUCAUUUAAACAGUUUAUAUUCUAAAGUGUUUAUUGUUGUGGUAUUAUUUAUUUUCCUGUUGUUGUGUCAUUGGUAAUUUUACCAUGUAUCUGUAGUUGAAUAAUCAUUAUUGAUUUUUAUUGUAAAUCAGACAUAUCAAAGUGAAGUUUAUUUUUUUCUGCUGUAUUCUAUAUCUAAAAAAAAAAUGAAACAUUUCAAAAUUCUGGGAGUCUUUGGAUGUUUUUGUUAUUCGUCGUCUGAUACUAAACAUCGGUCAGUGAAGCAAAAAUGUGUCCUUCGAAAUGGAAAGUUAUUACCAAUGCUAUACCGCUGAUAUUGUUUGACAAAUUGCUUGCUUUGUUCCUCAUUUGUGUUUCGCUUUGUAUAAAAGCAUCUGACAAAUGUAAAUGUAAUGUAAAUGAUUCUGGUUUUUGAUUCAUACCAUAAAAUCAUAAGCAUGAUGAUACAUAAGCUUUAAUAUUCUAGAUCGAAAUUAAAAUGUACAAAUGUAGAUUAUUAUGAUGGAAAAGCUUACACUGAGACAGCAACAAAGGUGAAACCACAGUCCAGUAAUGAACCUGGCAAUGAGAAGCAAGCCCUGUGGCCUCAGAAAACCCAGACAGCUUGCCAUCUCUGUUCAUCAAGUUGACCUGGCCUGGGUAACAAAGACACAGACCUUCUUUGUGUGCUGUCCUUUUGAUCACCCUUUUUUCCUGUGACCUGUAUCCCUCUAGUGUUACAGCAUGGAGCUAUUGAGUAGCAGUAUAUUCUGCCUGUCACUUCAGUUUCAGAAAAUUUGUUUAACAAUGACUUUUGAGGUUGUUAUACAAAAUCGGUCACCAUCACACAUUAAAUGCUUUCGGUGCAGACUGUUUGGCCCACAUUUGUUUUAAUAUUAAUUGUUAUUAAAUUAUUGUAUGCAUUUAUGUUUAGUCAUUUUAUAUGUAUCUAUGUCUAAUGUUUUCUAUUUUUAUUCUAA